UCGCUGCCAACAUUUCACCUCCUGAACGUCGUAGCUUCAGUAUUUUUUGUGACGUUGCCGCUCUCUGACUGCUUACGACAUUCCUGCGGCGGCUUCGGACAUGGCGGCUAUGGCGGCUAUGGCCGAUGCAACGACCCCAUUCACUGAGAGAUGUGAGAAGAGGGAGGUAGACGGCGAUGGCGUCGUGCACACGGGUGAAGACGGCGCCGAGGCAGGCGAUGAAGAAGUGAAAGCAGUGGAGAACCUGGCGGUGGGGCCGGUCCUGACCGCCAGCGAAGUGAUCCAACGGCUGAGAAGUCAGCUCCAUCCUAACGUUGGAACUUACCGGCUGAUGUACUCGAGCCUGGUUGGUGGGUUUAUCUCCGACCCUGCUGCUAUGGUCAUUCCAAUGGAUGAUCAUAUGGUCCACAGGAGCCAUGGUGUCUUCGACACCACCAACCUGAUCAACGGCCAUUUGUAUCAAUUGGACGACCAUUUAGAUAGGCUCCUGAGGUCCGCAGCUGCCGCCAAAUUAGAGGCCCCUUUCCCCAGAGCGCAGCUUCGACAUCUCCUGAUCACUCUGGCCAAUCUGGCGGGCUGCACGGACGGUCAUCUGCGCUUCUGGAUCUCCGCCGGACCGGGGGGAUUUUUCACCUCGCCCGCCGAAUGCCCCAGGACGGUCUUCUACGCGGUGGUCCUUGCGCAGGCGAAAGACUAUCCCGACCCCCGGCGGCCAUUCAAAGCGGUGACGUCAACAGUACCGAUGAAGCCGCCUUUUUUUGCGACGGUGAAAACUGUCGCCUACCUUCCCAACGUACUGGUGGACAUCGAGGGGACGGAGAACGGCUGCGACGUCGGGAUCUGGAAGGACGCCGACGACUGCGUGGGAGAGGGCCCUUGUGCCAACGUUCUGUUCGUCAGCAGAGAGGGAGUGCUCCUCAGUCCUCCCUUUGACGGGAUACUGUCCGGGUGCACGGUGAAGACCGUGCUGAAGCUCGCAGAGACUCUGCUGGUGAUCAGAGAGGGAGAGAGAGGUGGUGCGGGAGGAGCGGAGGAAACACAGGAGAAUGGGGAACAACAACCCCUCAAGAGGAGAGCUGUCCAGGACGGGAUCGAGGUGAAGAAGGUCAGGCGGGAUGAGAUCCCGACUGUACGGAGUGUGCAGUGCCAGGAAGAAGGCGAUGGAGGCAUCGAGAAGGAGGAGGAGGAGGAGGAAACGACCUCUGUAGGCGCCGUCCAGCUAUUGCCCCCUUCUCCGUCCGGCCUAGGGUCGCCAUCUAUGGCGGAGAAAGCAGGGGGGAGAGAGGUGACCAAGGGAGAAGAAGAGAAAGAGGAGGAAAAUGGGGGCCAAAGGACAGGCCAGGGCCAGAAAAACAGGGUUCAUCUGCAUGGGAUCGAGAUUAGGAAGAUCAAGCUGGAGGAAGUGUUCAGCUUUGCUGAAGCUAUGUAUGUCGGUAGCGGCCAUCUUGUCACACCUAUUGGAGUGUGGGACGGCCAGUUGAUUGGUGAUGGACGCCCAGGACCGGUCACAUUACAGCUGAGAGAACUACUGGAGGAAGAUAUGUCCAAUCCCAAGAACCUCGUCAAAUUGGAUUAUCGCCCGCUCAAGUAGAUCAUCGUAUGCUGCUCCCAUUGUCAUUAAGUAACUGCGGAUUGCUGUUCGCUCGCCGGUUGUCCCUGACCAAGGGACCAGUUUUCUCUGGCCGCUGAACGGUUCCACUGGACCAGUUGUUCCCACAAUCCAUCGCCAAGGAGCAAGGAAGAGGGAGGGAGGGAGAGGAGCCGUGAAGGCUGCCACUCCUAGGCCCUGUCGUUUUUGCCGUAGGACACACACACACAUUGAGGACAACUGUCACCGCAUUCAUCUGCGUUUUUCUUCUGUUCUUUCCUUUUCUUUUCCCGUGUU